AUGGGGGCCACUGGCGACGUUGAGCAGCCGCGAGGACCCGGCGGGGCAGAGCGGGGUGGCCCCGAGCUGGGAGACGCCGGCGCAGCGGGGCAGCUGGUUCUCACGAACCCUUGGAACAUAAUGAUCAAGCACCGGCAGGUGCAGCGGAGGGGCCGUCGCUCACAGAUGACCACAAGUUUCACAGAUCCUGCCAUCUCCAUGGACCUCCUCCGAGCUGUCCUGCAGCCCAGCAUCAACGAGGAGAUCCAGACAGUCUUCAACAAGUACAUGAAGUUCUUCCAGAAGGCAGCACUGAACGUACGAGACAACGUUGGGGAAGAAGUGGAUGCUGAGCAGCUCAUCCAGGAGGCCUGUCGGAGCUGCCUGGAGCAGGCUAAACUACUGUUUUCAGAUGGAGAAAAAGUUAUACCCAGAUUGACUCAUGAGCUUCCAGGGAUAAAGCGUGGCCGGCAGGCAGAAGAGGAGUGUGCCCUCCGAGGAAGCCCCAUUCCCAAAAAGCGGAAGGGACGGCCUCCGGGACACAUCCUGUCAAACGACCGGUCCACCACAGGCAUGGUAUGGAAACCAAAAUCCUAUGAACCAAUUCGCCGGGAAGGCCCUAAGUGGGACCCAGCUCGGCUGAAUGAAUCUACCACCUUUGUGCUGGGAUCUCGAGCCAACAAGGCCCUGGGCAUGGGGGGCACCCGAGGGAGAAUCUACAUCAAGCACCCACACCUCUUUAAGUAUGCAGCUGACCCCCAGGACAAGCACUGGCUGGCCGAGCAGCAUCAUAUGCGGGCAACUGGGGGAAAGAUGGCCUACCUCCUCAUUGAGGAGGACAUCCGGGACCUCGCUGCCAGCGAUGACUACAGAGGAUGCCUGGACCUGAAGUUAGAGGAGCUGAAAUCCUUUGUCCUGCCCUCCUGGAUGGUUGAGAAGAUGCGGAAGUACAUGGAGACACUCCGGACAGAGAAUGAGCAUCGUGCUGUCGAAGCACCUCCACAGACCUGA